CGGCCCGGCCCGACUGUCACUCGGGACGCACGACCUCAUGGCAUUCAUGACGAUCAGAAGCCCUGGUGCCGUGAUUUCGCACCUCCCGAGCGCAAUAAUCAAACCUCCCGAUGAUUCGCGAAAUUCAUGAACCUGUGCACUCGUUCAUGAAUUUCGCGAAUCAUCGGGAAGAAUGGGGAAGAGAUGGAGAUGGAGAUGGAGGCGGAGAGCGAUACAAGCGCCGGCUGCUGGAGCGAGGGCGAGCGAGAUGAGAGACGAUGAUUCUCGCGGUGUGGACGAGCAUCGUGAGCUUGUGGGCGUGGGCGGCAGCGCGUGAGGUGAGCGCAGCGCAGGGCGAGGUGCACUUCGACUACGCGACCAUCGACGCGAGCACCGCGGCCACGCUCAAGUUCCUGCACAAUGCGACGCUCGACACCACGGCGCAUGUGCUCAAGCUCACGGACCCCACCGACCCCUGGUGCAGCACGCGCAUGUGCCGAGGCCAGGUCGUCUACGACACGGCCAUCGCCUUCAUCGACGCGCAGAGCCAGCGCGCUUACUCCUUCAGCACCUCGUUCGUCUUCACGCUGACAAUCCCGCGCUCGGGCGAGGGAUUCGUCUUCUUCCUCAUCCGCGAUCCCGAGGAGGCGGGAGCCGACAGCGGCAUCGGGGGUUACUUCGGCGCAUUCCCGUCGAGCGGAGAGACCACGGUCCCCACCAUCGCCGUCGAGUUCGACACCUCCGACGACCCGCCCGUGGACGACAUCGACGCCAAUCACGUGGGCGUCGACCUCAACACGGCGCAUUCCGUCCAGGCCGUCAGCUGCUCGCUGGAGCAGAUCAAGCUGUACGCCGGCGCACGCCUCGUGGCCUGGAUCGACUACCACGACCCCGUCAAGUCGCUCGAGGUGCGCCUGGCCAAUUUCAGCCAGGGCGUGGCGCGCCCCGCCACAGCGCUGCUCAACAUGACCCUCGACCUGACGCCGUUCCUGGCGCCAACCAUGUACGUUGGCUUUAGCGCCUCGACGUUCACGGGGCAGGAGCAGGAGGUGGCCAUCUACUCGUGGUCCUUCGACUCCGAGCUCGAGCCUCCUGCGCCUCCGCCUCCCCCUCCCAAUCCGCCUCCCUCCCCUCCUCCUCCCUCCCCUCCGCCUCCAUCGCCUCCACCUCCCUCCCCUCCACCUCCGAGGUCUCCUCCUCCUCCCGCCCCGAGCCCUCCCCCUCCCCGAUCCCCGCCCCCUCCCCCUUCGCCUCCCCCUCCCAAUCCGCCUCCCCCCGUGGUCACCACCAACGCCUCGGCGCCAUACCCCUCGCGCAGCAGCCCCCUCGCCGCCAACUCGAGCCGCAAUGGCACCAGCGGCCACAGCCUGCUCAUCAUCGGCGCCAGCGUCGGAGGUGGCCUGGGCCUCGUGCUGGCGCUAAUCGGGUGCUUCUGCUGUGGCGUCUUCUGCAGCCGCAAGCUCAUGCUCGUCGCCGAGGCCGCCCGCCUCAAGGAAGAGGCUGAAGCCGAGGCUGAAGCCCACGAGGCUGAGUACGCUCGCUAUGCGGCUAUGGAGGCCGAGCAUGCGGAGGAGGAGGACGACGAAGACGACGACGACGAUGAUGAUGACGACGAUGAGAGCAGACGAGAUGGCGAAGCUGGACGCGAUGGUGCAGGUGGAGGUGGAGGAGGAGGCGGAGAAUUAGAGAGGGAAGACAGGCUUCUGGCGGAGAUGGAAGAAGGGGGGGACACAGAUUACCUGAUGAAGUGGGGCAGGAGCAUGAAUUUCGUCCAGGGCAGGAAUAUGGACGAUCCGACUUUUCUCGCGCUCAGUACGAGGAGCGACGAGGUGCCCAGCAGCAGCAGCGGCAGGCCCUGGAGAGCGAAGAGCGCCCGCGAGCUCGAAGGGGAGGGCGUGGAAGCAGAGGCGAUCAGAAGAGGGAUUCUGGAAAUCGAAGGAGUCUCGACUUCCGUGGUCACGCCCACCUUCCGACGCAGAAGCAUGAGCUUCAAUAUUCCGCUCGGCGAUGUCUUCCUCCGCAAACCGAACGCUCCUCUGGCCUACGUUCGUCCGGCCGCUCUGAUAAGUCCCGCAGGCUCGAGUUCUGUCCACGAGCCAGAAUCUGCUGCUUCUGCUGUCGAUGGUGGUGCGCCACAGGUUGCGGCGGCACGAGGAGAGGAAGAUGUGGAAAUUUUGCACGAGCUUCCGAGAACGGAUUUGCGAGACGAAGAGAGUGGUGGCGCUGUUGCGCCCGAGGCUGCGGCUCCAGCGGAUGAGAGCGCAGGGGAUUACUCUGGAACUCCAGAAACCCUCGACAAUCUGUCUGCGACACCCAAUUCCGCCAUUGCAAAUGCGGCCACGAGAAAUAAGUCCUUUACUAUGUGGCACUCGGAUACAGGACGCACAGCUGCUGAUCCUGCUCCAGCUCCAACUGCAGCUCCAACUCCAGCUCCAACUCCAGCUCCAACUCCUGCUCCAGCUCCAGCUCCUGAAGAAUCCGCCGAAGGCACCGAAGGAGACACUGUGUACAGAAUUUCUUCCACGCCCAGUGCCUCAAUUGCACAUGCAGCCAAGAGAAGCAACUCGUGGAGUCUGUGGAAUUCCGAAGGAGGCCGCGGACCCCAAGGACGCAGGCAAUCGUCGCCCGUGGCAGAGCGCCGCCCUGCGCCCGAGGCAGAAAUCCAGAGGCGAAGCUCGUGGAGUCCAUGGAGCAGCAGUUCGGGUCCCACCAAACCGGUGCAGGUGGUGGUGAAGAGAAGCGAGGCCAUCUCUCCAAGACAGAUUUCAGACUCGCCCAGAAGGAGCCAAAUUGCUUCUACUACUUCCAGAGAUGUGGACGUUCUGCCUGCUCUGGGGGCUGAUGUGCCUCCUUCGGCCAUGGCAGGCGCGAUCAUGUACACCAACACCCUCUACGACCUCAACCCCGAGGAACCUCCCGAGGAGCCCUCGUCUCAUCACAGUAGUCCUUCACCAUCGCCAUCCCGGCCUCGAGAGGAACCAUUGUCCUUGAUGAUGGAUGAUGAGACUUACGCCCGUCCCACGGUCGAGAACAUUUACGACCGCCCUCCGAUGCAUUCGGAGUUCAGAGAGCAGAACGUCGAGCGCAUAUUUGACGUUAAAUUUCCAACAGAUGACGAAGAUGUCGACCGCAUCUUCGAUGUCCCUGAUGUCCCUGAUACGCAGCAGCAGCAGCAGCAGCAGCCUCACAGGGACAUACAAAGGCUGGGCAUCGACUCCGUCAUGCCCAGCCCUGCCACCUCUCCCGUUGCCAGCCAUGCCGGGAGCAAAAUGCCCAGUCGAGCAGCCAGCCCUUCGCCCAGUCGGGCCGCCAGUCGCUCGGCCAGUUCGAGGCCCAGUCCCACGGGGACUGACACUUCCAGCCCCGCCCAAACCUCCGGCAGCUCGUCCACCGACACCGCCAAAGAUUCCGAACAGAGGAGAGCCAAGCCCGGCCAAAAUCCCAGUGAAAAACCCAAAUGGAGAUACUGACUCCUCUUCGGAUGAAUCAACCUUCCGUCUCCCGAUUCAAUUGCUCGAAUUGGUUCGGGUUCUGAUCCAUGGACCAGCAAGUAAGCAGUUUGAUCCUGACGAGCCAUCCUUCUAGUCGACCUGGACUUGAACUUCCUUCCACCUUGCACCUCAAUCGGACACCAAUUCUCAAUCUCAAAGACAGACAGCCCUUCUCUUGUUCGGACGGCGACUGCUCAGACUGCCACGAACAAUGGGGUGCGAAUCCCUGCCCGAAUGCCCGAAUGCCCGAACACGUCUGCAGCCGAUCUCCGAUGGUGCAGACAAAUUGGCAUGUUUGGUGAGACGAGCGAGACCGACCUUGUUGUUGGGCCAACGGCGUCACCGCUGGGAUGCCUGUCCAUGUCUUCUCUUACUCUACACGAGCACUAUUGAUCCGCAUCCUAGCCCCUGGCCUACACAAAGUUCGACCUCAGAUGCAACCUUCCUGGCACCGGUGCGUCAUGGAAGGGAAGGGCUCUCGGGAUAUCCUCAAGAUCCACGUAAUAUUCUGGAGUCUGCCUGCGACUGCUUCCUGCUAUGUCCAGGUCGUCCUCAUAAAAGCAACGACCUCAGCAGGUUCAGAGAAGCUUGCAGUGUGGUUAAUCCAUCGACCACGGUUACCCUCGGAGUACAACCUGAGCUGAUUUGGGAGCCGCGAGGGAGGACGAGCUGUCCAAGCUUUCUCUGUCCAAGCAGGUCCAGACAUUGCUUCAAAGGACGGUGGCUCGAACUCUCUCUCUACUGCGGACAAUGCAUGACGUGGGCAUGAGAAGAGAUUCUGUUGCGAGUGCCGAG